CCGCGAAAGUCUGUUCUUGAAACAAGUGGUGGAUCUGAUCUGAUAAGUACCCAGUAAUUCUCCGUCCACUGUGUAUCAGAUAAAGUCCACCUCUUCCUUCACUUCGCUUGGGUUCUGUAAUGGACAAGCCGGAAAUCGCUGAUGUCGAUUCGGAGGACAAGAAGCUCGGCUUCAGUAACACGAGUCAUCUUAACAAUGAUGCUGCCCCCCUUAAGGGUAGCAUUGAUCUAGCUGCGGCUCGACGAGCCCGUACUAAAAUCGACCUUGUUGUCCUUACCACGUCGACCAUUGUUUUGUUCCUGAAUUUCCUCGAUAAAACGAACAUAGGGAAUGCUGCAAAGGCAGGGCUUUUAGAAGAUCUCCACAUGUCUUCGUAUAGAUUUUCCGUCGUUCUGAGCCUCUUCUUUAUACCAUUUCUACUCAUAGAGCUGAUCUCCAACUUUUUUUUCAAGAGGAUUGGUGCCCAAAUAUUUAUACCUGGCCUUGUGAUCGCAUGGGGCAUAGUAGAAACAUUCCAAGGUUUCGUCACAUCCUAUCACGGAUUAAUCAUUUGUCGUCUGUUUCUAGGACUGACUGAAGGGCCCCUGGUUCCGGCGCUCCUCCUAUAUCUGUCGGAGCUAUACAAACGGCACGACUUGCAAAAACGGAUAGCUAUGUUGUUCAGUGCCUCGAGCCUUGCAGGCGCAUUUUCUGGGCUUUUGGCUUAUGCUAUCGUUCAUCUUGACGGCAAAGCUGGUAAACCGAACUGGAGUUGGAUCUUCUUCUUAGAGGGGAUCUUUACUGUCAUAUUUGGUAUCGCUUCGUACUUUUGGCUACCUAAGGAUAUUGCGAAAAAAUCCGCAUACAUAACUGCAAUUCAAGAAGACACCGCCCUCGACAGAGUCGAUGAUGCAUUUCAGCUCUCAAUCGUAUGGUCGUCUCUCACGGCGCCCCAUAUUGUACUCCUAGGCACUGCUGGUUUCUUUGCUGGUACGUUGAGUUUGUGCUCCCGUGCUUCGCUACUUUGUCACAAGUAUCCCCCAGGUUACCUCACCAAUGGACUGGCAUACUUCAUCCCAACUGUAGUAGGGAGUCUAGGUUACUCGCCCACCGAAACCCAGCUAUAUGGAGUUCCUCCCUUCGCCUGCGCGUUUGUCUUGAGCAUGAUGGCCGCCUAUUUCAGUGACAAAUAUCGUUGCAGAGGGCUAAUUGCUCUUGGCGCAAGUUUCAUCACUCUUGCAGGUUACGUUGUGAUGUAUUGUAUGGCUCUAUUCGCCCAAACGAUUGGCACAUCCAUCACUUCUCCUUGCGCGCUUGCGUUGAUCGCGAAUAAUGCCUAUCCUCACUAUCGUCGUGCUACAGCUAUCGCAUUUGGAAUCGUCAACAGCAGCGCUGGAGGAAUAUUGGCGGUGUGGAUGUAUCACGAUGCCCCUCGGUUCCAUAAAACGACGAAGCUUAAUGUUAGCUGCACUAUUGUGUUCAUCCUACAUAUAUGUCUGAUACUUGGCUAUCUUUAUUACAAGAACUUGCAGAAGGCCAAAAAGCGCGGGCUAUACAAUAACAUUCCAGACGAUAACGUUGAAGAGAAGCGGAGGCUAGGUGAUGGACACCGAGACUUCAUAUACACUCUCUGAUCUAGGUCUGGUUCGGG